GGAAUUUUUUCAUCUUUACAUUUUUUUUUUUUUGCUAUUUUGUUCAUGCUAUUUACUAAUUUUCAGAUUGUUAAUGUUUUCAUACUUACUGGCAUCUUCUUGUCAUGCCAAUUGGGGUGCUUGUGGCAUAGAACAGAAGAUAAUGGUUCUUUUUCUAACUUUAAGAUUUUGGACACUUGGACAUUUUGUAUGGUUAUUACAUUCAGUAUUGAUUAGAGGUGCAAAGUUCCUCAGGAGGUUGAGUAUAGAACAUUAUUGGUAGAAUGAUGCUUUUCUUCCUGGUAGGGGGAACUGCUUGGUCCUGAUGUAUUUAAAAGCUUUUGCACUUAACAUUCAAAGGAAUUUUUAUUUCUUCCAUAAGAGCUUUAAGAAUUUAGUAGUGAGCAUUUGCUGUGGCAUAUGGUGCAUUUUAAAUUUUAAAAUACUUUUGAAUCCUCCAUAAGCAUUCAUUCACUGAUAUGUUGGACUUGUAUGAGCUUAGAACACCCAUAAAGAAUAUUUUAGCUCUUAAAAAAAUAAGGUGUGGAGCAGAUAGGAAAGAAACUUUGUUAAAUAAUAACAUGAUUUAAGUAUUAGAAGGAUUGGAAAAAGAAGUAACAGCCCUAUUAGGGAUCUGUUGUAUUAGAGUGCUGCAUUAAUGCCUGUGAUGAAUCACAUCUCCCAGUAUUCAGGUUCUCAUGAAGUCCCCUCCCACAGUUAUUCCGGCUUGGUUAUGUGACUUGCUUUGGCCGGUGCCACAUCAGUGAAUAUGAUGCAAGUAGAGACUUUUAAGUGCUUGUACAUUGGAGCUUACAUUUUUGGAAUGCUGCUGUCACCAUGUGAGGAAGCCUGGUAUAGCCUUCUUAAUGAUGGAAGACCACAUGGAGAGACCUACCACAAGGGCUCAGAUCAAACAAAUAACAGAAGUCUGUUGAAGCUUUGUCCUGACCUAUCCUGGAAGUAGAAGAAUACUCUGGAGAAAGGAGCAUUGUAAGCACAAAGAAUAAGCUUCCUCAAUCCUGUGAGAGAGAAUUAAAGUCUAACUCUCCAAAUGUCUACUCUAAUGUGAUGCUGGGAUUGAAUUUUUCUAAGACUCCAUUUCAAGGUUGAUUCAAAAGUCUUGUGGAAGAUCUGGAAGAAAUAGGUAUUAAGUCAUGAUGCAGGAAUCUGCGACAGAGACAAUAAGCAACAGUUCAAUGAAUCAAAAUGGAAUGAGCACUCUAAGCAGCCAAUUAGAUGCUGGCAGCAGAGAUGGAAGAUCAAGUGGUGACACCAGCUCUGAAGUAAGCACAGUAGAACUGCUGCAUCUGCAACAACAGCAGGCUCUCCAAGCAGCAAGACAACUUCUUUUACAGCAGCAAACAAGUGGAUUGAAAUCUCCUAAGAGCAGUGAUAAACAGAGACCACUGCAGGAAUUGCUUCCAGAAACAAAAUUAUGUAUCUGUGGCCACUCUUCUGGUGAUGGGCAUCCUCACAACACAUUUGCAGUGCCUGUGUCAGUGGCCAUGAUGACUCCCCAGGUGAUCACCCCUCAGCAAAUGCAGCAGAUCCUUCAGCAACAAGUCCUGUCUCCUCAGCAGCUCCAAGCCCUUCUUCAACAGCAGCAGGCCGUCAUGCUGCAGCAGGAUUUUUUGGAUUCUGGAUUGGAAAAUUUCAGAGCUGCCUUGGAAAAAAAUUCAAAAUGGUUUAUUCAGCAACAACUACAAGAGUUUUACAAGAAACAGCAAGAGCAGUUACAUCUUCAGCUUUUGCAGCAGCAGCAACAGCAGCAGCAGCAACAACAGCAGCAACAGCAGCAGCAGCAACAACAACAACAACAACAGCAACAGCAGCAGCAGCAGCAACAGCAGCAGCAGCAGCAACAGCAUCCUGGAAAGCAAGCGAAAGAGCAGCAGCAGCAGCAGCAACAACAACAGCAGUUGGCAGCCCAGCAGCUUGUCUUCCAGCAGCAGCUUCUCCAGAUGCAACAACUCCAGCAGCAGCAGCAUCUGCUCAGCCUUCAGCGUCAGGGACUCAUCUCCAUUCCACCUGGCCAAGCGGCACUUCCUGUCCAAUCGCUGCCUCAAGCUGGCUUAAGUCCUGCUGAGAUUCAGCAGUUAUGGAAAGAAGUGACUGGAGUUCACAGUAUGGAAGACAAUGGCAUUAAACAUGGAGGGCUAGACCUCACUACUAACAAUUCCUCCUCGACUACCUCCUCCACCACUUCCAAAGCAUCACCACCAAUAACUCAUCAUUCCAUAGUGAAUGGACAGUCUUCAGUUUUAAAUGCAAGACGAGACAGCUCGUCACAUGAGGAGACUGGGGCCUCUCACACUCUCUAUGGCCAUGGAGUUUGCAAAUGGCCAGGCUGUGAAAGCAUUUGUGAAGAUUUUGGACAGUUUUUAAAGCACCUUAAUAAUGAACACGCAUUGGAUGACCGAAGCACCGCUCAGUGUCGAGUGCAAAUGCAGGUGGUGCAACAAUUAGAAAUACAGCUUUCUAAAGAACGCGAACGUCUUCAAGCAAUGAUGACCCACUUGCACAUGCGACCCUCAGAGCCCAAACCAUCUCCCAAACCUCUAAAUCUGGUGUCUAGUGUCACCAUGUCGAAGAACAUGUUGGAGACAUCCCCACAGAGCUUACCUCAAACCCCUACCACACCAACGGCCCCAGUCACCCCGAUUACCCAGGGACCCUCAGUAAUCACCCCAGCCAGUGUGCCCAAUGUGGGAGCCAUACGAAGGCGACAUUCAGACAAAUACAACAUUCCCAUGUCAUCAGAAAUUGCCCCAAACUACGAAUUUUAUAAAAAUGCAGAUGUCAGACCUCCAUUUACUUAUGCAACUCUCAUAAGGCAGGCUAUCAUGGAGUCAUCUGACAGGCAGUUAACACUUAAUGAAAUUUACAGCUGGUUUACACGGACAUUUGCUUACUUCAGGCGUAAUGCAGCAACUUGGAAGAAUGCAGUACGUCAUAAUCUUAGCCUGCACAAGUGUUUUGUUCGAGUAGAAAAUGUUAAAGGAGCAGUAUGGACUGUGGAUGAAGUAGAAUACCAGAAGCGAAGGUCACAAAAGAUAACAGGAAGCCCAACCUUAGUAAAAAAUAUACCUACCAGUUUAGGCUAUGGAGCAGCUCUUAAUGCCAGUUUGCAGGCUGCCUUGGCAGAGAGCAGUUUACCUUUGCUAAGUAACCCUGGACUGAUCAAUAAUGCAUCCAGUGGCCUACUGCAGGCCGUCCACGAAGACCUCAAUGGUUCCCUGGAUCACAUGGACAGCAAUGGGAACAGUAGUCCAGGCUGCUCGCCUCAGCCGCACAUACACUCAAUUCAUGUCAAGGAAGAGCCAGUGAUUGCAGAGGAUGAAGACUGUCCAAUGUCCUUAGUGACAACAGCUAAUCACAGUCCAGAAUUAGAAGACGACAGAGAGAUUGAAGAAGAGCCUUUAUCUGAAGAUCUGGAAUGAGAACUGACUUGUGAAACCUCAGCGUGAAGGGACAUAUCACUGACCUUCAUAACCACUCCACAACCAUGAAUAUUUGACAAAUUUUUACUGUGACUAUUUAUUAAGCAUGGAUAAAGGAGACAGCCCUAAAGGAACUUACUAAGCCAGCCCUUUGGGAUUCAGUACCAACAGGCAAAUUGCUUGUUUUCUUCUUCUUUUUUUUUUUUUUUUUUAGAAAAAAGACAAAAACUGAUUUUCUUGAAAAAAAAAAAUGAACUGUUCUUUCUAUAAUGGCUUUGCCCAUUUAAAAAAUGUGGCUCUUAAGGGUUCAUGAAAUGACUGAAUAUGAGGAUACAUGUCCUGUAGAAAGCAAAUGCGCCUCAUAUACUGCCAAAAAUAGUGUUAGUUUCAUUAAUGUGAAUUUUCCAGCAUUCAGUAGUUGUAAUGUUAGAAACAAUUGCUGGUCAAGUUCAACUUGUUGCUAUUGUUUUUAAUUUGCACAGGAGUAGUAUCAGAAAUUAGUGUCACUGCUUGUAUCUAGCUGAAUUUUAAACAACAGAACAUUAGUUUUUUAUGUUGGUGCCACCAACUGUAAAUGACAUAAGUUAGUUAUUACAAAACACAGUAAUUAGACUGUUGCAACCAUCUAAAACCUUAGGCUUCCAGUCUGUGCUGUUAGUGUUAAGAUGUAAAGUGCAAUCCUAAGCUAACAUUAUCUGUGCAAGCACCAUAGAAACAUUUGCAUAUCUGCAUAGAUCUUACAACUGUACUCUUUACCUCCUUGUGAUAAAGCUUUGUCUACCUGCAAACACAGUCAAAGGCUACAGCUGCAAACCAAAGCCAACUCUAACCAUGGCCAAGAGCUCAAGGACAGAAGCAGCCACAUGCUUUGGUCAGCCUUCUGUAACUUCAAUUAGUACAAAGGAACCUUUUCCAUGAACUACCUGCUGUUUUCUGAUGACCUCUGGGAUCUUUUCAUUUAGCCCUAAACAAAGAAACAAAUAUGACAAAAACCACAACUAAAAAAAGUUAAUUCAGUCACAGAGUAAUCUUCUGAGGCCAAAAGUCCAUCUAAAUGCAAUGAAGAUUUGCUUUCAUUAAAGACAGAGGUGAGGACAAUAUCUGCAGUGGAAGUUAUGAUAUGCUAGAAAGCAACAAAUGUGGAUCACUGACCAAAACGAUUAUGUACUUGAUGCAAAUGCAGAUUGCAUAUUGUUAUAUAUAUAUAGUACUUUGUGUUUUUGUUUUUCUUCAUUCAGUCAGUUAUUUUCAGUGGUGAAUACAUGUUGUUAGAAGAUGUCUUGUAUGGUCUUAAUCUUUGUUGUGUACUAUUUUUUUAUAGUCUUAAGUUAUAAUGAAAAAACAAAAAGUAGGAACCAAACAUAAAAGGUCUAGUAAAGCCAAAAAUUAAUUUCAUAUUGAUUUUAAAGUGAUCUAGCUGAGUUUUUACACUGAAAGCAAAGAUUAUAGCAAUUGUAGUCCAUGGUAUUUAUUUUCAGUCAAACCAAAGUUACAUAUAAUUCUGCCUCUGCUUAUACGGGAUAUUAACACUAACAAUACACUCCCUUCAAAGACUUGCACAGGCCAAAUUGUUGGAAUGCU